GUUUUGCCUUUCCCUAGCUUCAAAGAAAAAAUUGUUUCACUUGCAUUCGUGAAAAGCGGUCUAGUGAGAAAUUAAGCACAAUGGCAUCUUUAUGCAGGCAAAUUGUCAGAGGAAAUGCAUUUAAAAGUGUUCUGUUAUCCACUGCCCGACGGGGAUAUGCCGAUAAAAUGAUGCCAGAUCCCCUGGAGCAUGCCACCGGUAUUGAGAGGAAGGAGUUGCUGGCCAUGCAGGCCGGUAACGAUGACCCCUUCAACAUGAAGGUGCUGAAGAAGGCUGCCGGCACACGCGACAACCCCACCCUAGUGCCCUCUUGCUUUGACGCACGUAUUGUUGGAUGCAUAUGUGAAGAGCAUGCGACGUCCGUCACUUGGCUCUGGUUACACAAGGACCACCCCCGUCGCUGCGAGUGCGGACACUGGUACAAACUGAUUGAGAAGCAGCCCGUCUAAACGCGUCUAAUAUUCUAGUUACUAUUGUAGUGAAGUAACACGAAACGCGCAUCGCACAUCCUAACGCCCGUGUUACCUGUGUAUAAAUGUUAUCGAGCAAGAUGCGUUAGUUUGAACAUAAUACCAAAAUCGACAAAUCAUUAAAUAAUUGUAAGCAUACAAA